GAGGGUGAGGGAGUGCGAAGCCGUUCCAACGGACACCAGGCAGGCAGCAGUAAGGCACAGGCUGUGGAGAUGCCGCUGUUUACUGCCAAUCCGUUCGAUCAGGAUGUCGAGAAAGCAACCAGUGAGAUGAACACUGCAGAAGACUGGGGCCUCAUCCUAGAUAUCUGUGACAAAGUGGGACAGUCUCGUACUGGGCCAAAAGACUGCUUAAGAUCUAUCAUGAAAAGAGUGAAUCACAAAGAUCCUCAUGUUGCUAUGCAGGCACUAACUCUGCUCGGAGCAUGUGUGUCAAACUGUGGCAAAAUCUUUCACCUUGAAGUUUGCUCAAGAGACUUUGCAAGUGAAGUGAGCAAUGUCUUAAAUAAGGGUCACCCAAAAGUCUGUGAAAAACUGAAAGCCCUCAUGGUAGAGUGGGCAGAGGAAUUUAAGAAUGACCCUCAACUUAGUCUUAUAUCCGCUAUGAUAAAAAACCUGAAAGAACAAGGAGUUACAUUCCCUGCAGCAGGUUCUCAGGCUGCAGAACAGGCAAAGGCGAGCCCUGCUUUGGUGGCAAAAGAUCCAAAUGUAACAGCAACCAAAAAAGAAGAGGAAGACUUAGCAAAAGCCAUUGAAUUGUCAUUGAAAGAACAGCGACAGCAACAGACCGUUGUCUCUAAUUUGUAUCCAAGCACUCCGAGUCUUAUGACAAGUAAAUCUGAAGGUCGUAAGGUGCGAGCCAUCUAUGACUUUGAAGCUGCAGAAGAUAAUGAGCUCACCUUUAAAGCUGGAGAGAUUAUUACUGUACUAGAUGACAGUGAUCCAAAUUGGUGGAAAGGUGAAACAUAUCAAGGGAUUGGAUUGUUUCCAUCAAAUUUUGUGACAGCAGACCUAACAGCAGAACCAGAGACAUUGAAAAUUGAGAAGAAAACUGUACAAUUUAGUGACGAAGUUCAAGUUGAGACACUGGAACCAGAACUUGAACCUGUUUAUGUUGAUGAAGAAAAGAUGGAUCAACUAUUACAGAUGUUGCAGGGUGCUAACCCCACAGAUGGUCAACCAGAUUCACCAGAUCUGCUUCAUCUAGAAGGUAUCUGUCACCAAAUGGGACCACUCAUAGAUCAGAAGUUAGAAGAAAUUGACAGGAAACACUCUGAACUAUCGGAUUUAAACGUGAAAGUAAUGGAGGCUCUAUCCUUGUAUGCUAAGUUGAUGAAUGAUGACCCAAUGUAUUCCAUGUAUGCUAAACUCCAGAGCCAACAGUAUUACAUGCAGCCAUCUUCUGUAGCAGUAUCUCAGGUAUAUACAGGACAGCCUCCAAGUGGUGCAUAUGUAAUAUCUGGAACACCCCAGAUGGCUUCAGGCCAGGGAUACAGUAUUCCAUCAGAUCAAAUUCCAUCACUUAGUCAAGCUGGUCUGCCACCAACUGUCAGUUCAGCCCUGUCCAGCCAGCAAGCUCCAACAUCUUACACCAAUGCAGUGGACAGUACUGUGACUGCAAAUACAUACCUAACGCAAGCACCUGUCUGCAGUCAAUCUGCCCCUUCAAAUGUUGAUAUGUCUAGUUACCAGAAUAUUGGCCUAAAUGGACAGCAGAUGCCAAACUACAAUGUUGCCUCAGUGAGCCAUGGCCAACAGUCCACCAAUCAGCAACAAUCUCCUUACUCACAGAAAGCACUUCUAUAGGAAAUGUGAUCUCUCUCUCUCUCUUAUCCAUCUUAUCCUUGACAUCGGCUAGGAACAAAUAGGUAGUAGUGCAAUUUACAGGAAUUGAAAAGUCAUCAAUUUGCGCAAACUGCACCGAACUUUUUUUUU